AUGUAUAACAAGUUGGCAGCCCUCUCUGACAACGAGGAGCACCGUGUGGGACAUUACAUCCUCCUGGAGAAGAUCGGCUGGGGCAGCUUCUCCUCGGUGUGGCUGGCCCGGCACACACUCACAGGCGCAGAAGUGGCAAUAAAAGUGGUGAAGAAAAAGGACUCCUCUGACCCGUUUAAAGAAAUUCGGUCUCUUCAGCUCCUGCAGCACCCGAACAUCGUGACCUUGUUUGAGGUGAUAACCACCAAGGACGAACUGUAUCUCAUCCAGGAGCAUGUCAACGGGGGAGACUUACUGCAACACCUGACGGACAGAGGCCCGAUGACAGAGGAGGAAGCCCGACACACCUUUCGGCAGGUAAUCUCUGCACUCCAAUACUGCCACCAGUACCAUAUAGUACACAGGGACCUUAAACCUGAAAACAUUCUGCUGGACAGGGACAAGAAUGUGAAAGUAGCGGACUUCGGGUUCAGUGCCCAGAUCACCCAAGAAACACCUUUACUGAGUAAAAUCUGCGGCACUUUUCCCUACAUGGCCCCAGAAAUGUUGCUCUUUGAACUCUAUAAUGAAAAGGUGGACGUCUGGAGCAUCGGGGUAGUGCUCUACCAGAUGUUAACAACAACAAUACCCUUUGAGGCACAGAACCGGGUAGAGCACAGAUUUAACAUCUUAACUGGACGGUUCCCUGUACCAGAGUUUUUAUCACUUGGGUGUCAAGACCUGUUAAAAAAGCUAUUGACCCUCUAUCCUGACGAGAGACCAGCCUUCGAUGACAUCAUGAAGGACCGCUGGCUCAAUAUGGGCUAUGCAGACGAAUUGAGCCCCUACCGAGAACCUGCCCAGGAAGGCCUGAACCCCCAAAUCAUUAACAGCAUGGCCGAUAUGGGUUUUGACAAGGAAAACAUUACAACAUCUGUGACUGAACAAAAAUACGAUCCGGUUAUGGGCACCUAUUUAAUUUUAGGUAAAACACCACCCAAAAUGAAGGGCUGCAUCAUAAGGGUUAGGUCUUGCCCCUUCCCUGACCACAACAUCAACCUUUUGCCAAAACAAGGGGUUCAGGCACCAGGGAAGAAUGACAGACACCCAGCCAUUUCCCCAGCUGGCCUGGGGUCAACGGUGGCCACACCUGCACCCCACCAGCUUGUGAGGAAGAAGCACAUCUCACCAGUCGAGAAAGCAGGUAUGAGCACUACCUCAUCCACCAAAGAAGCUGAAAACCAAGAACGCCCAGCCAGAUGGGAGGCAGAGACCACCACUGUCCUACCCAGCCAGAAAGCAGAGAGCACCAGUCCACCACCCAGUCGGGAAGCAGCCACCACCACCCCCCUAUUCAGUCGGGAAGUGACACUCACCACUGUACUACCCAGCCGGGAAGCGGAGACCACCAGUCCCCUACCCAGCCGAGAAGAGAUGACCACCACUGCCCCAGCCAGCCGGGAAGUGGAGCCUACCACGCCCCUACCAAACCAGAAAGUGGAGACCACCACGGCCCUACCCAGCAGGGAAGCAGAGACCACCACUGCCCGACAAAGUCGAGAAAUAACCACCACCACUCGCAGACGACCACCACUGCCCUACCAGGUCGGAAGCGGAGACCAUCACUGUUCUACCCAGACUGGAAAGACAGACCAACAGUCACCUACCCAGCCAGAAAGCAAUGACUACCACUACGCUAAUGAGCUGGGAAACAGAGACGACCACUCCAGUAAUCAGCUGGAAAUCAAUGACCACCACUUCACUACCCAGCUGGAAAGUGAUGACCACACGGCCCUACCCAGCCGGUAA